UAUGACAAACUGUCUUCCUUAUCGAACAGGUUGAGGGGAUAGUUUAUAAUAUAGCAAAGAAUAAUAUCACAAUUUAUUGUCUCAACCGUCUGUGCAUAGAAGUGUCUUGGUUUAGUGGUUCUGACUCUGGUGUUGCAAUCAGAGGGUUUUGUGUUCAAAUCCCACCGCUGCCACUUGCUUCCUUCUGCAAGGCAUCAAUCCACACUUUGCCUCUCCCCACCCGGGAGAUAAGUGGACCUGGUAGGAUGCAUUGUACUGUGCCAGGCAAUUGAGUUUGGAAGUCCUGUAUUUCUCCCCAGGGAGUGGAGAAAGGUUUUGUUGAUACAGCCAUGGAUGGAUGGGCAUCAACUUACACAUAUGAAGACCAAGAUGUUGAUCUCGAUGCUUUACUCAACGACCUCUGUAAAAUGGAGAAUGACCUCAAGCAGAAGAUCGAUGAAUCUGGCGGAGACUCGAGCACCAAGAAGUUAUCGGCGCCACCACCGACAUUCAAACCCACGCCACCACCGGUGGAGACAGACGCCGGCGAUCUACCCCCGCCGCCGCCUAUGCCAGAUGAAGAAGAGAGUGGGAUGAUGGGUGACCUUCCACCGCCACCACCCAUGAACGGUGAGGCCAGGAUGCCGCCACCGCCAGAGGACUUCCCCGCCCCACCACCAUCAGAUGAAGAUGCGACUACACCGGUGUCGCCAACACCGACAUUAACCCCCACACCCGGUGCUCCAGAGUCGCCCAUGACACCAACGACACCCACACCAAGACACACAGCCCCGGUGCCGGCACCAUCGGUACCGGCACAGAAGACGGUGCUCCACACCCAGCCACCGGCACCAUUAGACUUCAGCGCUGCCAAUGGUAGCGUUAAGACUCUUCCUAAUGUCAGUGUGACGUCACCGACAACACCGUCACCGAGCCCUAUGUCACCAUCUGGUUAUGCAUCAUUUGGAAUACCACCCGAUCAACUUACACAGAGCGUGAGGGUUAAACUCAAGGACCUGGAGUCGCAGCUGGAGCUGGAUCCCAGUCUCUCGGAAGAGGAGAAAGCUGCCAAGCUGAAGUCGGAGAAGAUUAAGAUUGCCCUUGAGAAACUCAAGAAGGCUAGGGUUCAGAAGCUGAUCGUGCGGGUGUACAUGGAAGAUGGAAGCUCCAAGACGAUGUUUGUCGACGAGACGAUGAGGGUCAGGCAGGUCUGCCACAUGCUGGUGGAGAAGAACCACUUGGAUGAGAGACCAGACUGGACAAUCGUUGAGCAGAUUCCAGAUCUCCUCAUGGAGAGGACAUUAGAAGAUCAUGAACACCUGGUCACCGAUGUGAUGCUAAAUUGGAAAAGAGAAACGACCAAUAGGAUCCUCUUUCAGGAGAGAAGGGACAAAUACGCCAUCUUUAAGAAUCCACAGAACUUCCUCCUAUCCCAGCAUGCCUCAGAGGUGGCGACGCAGUUUGCGGAGAAGUCCAAGCAGUCGCUCAUCGAGGAAUUCUUCAACGCGGGGAACAGGAUCCCGGAGAUAGAGGGCCCGCUCUAUCUGAAGCAGGAAGGAAAGAAGUCCUGGAAGAAACACUACUUUGUCCUCAGAGGAUCUGGUCUUUAUUACUCCCCCAAAGGAAAGUCAAAAUCAACCAAAGACAUUGUAUGCCUGGUUCAAUUUGAACACACCAAUGUAUACAAUGGAAUGGGAUGGAAGAAAAAGUACAAGGCACCCACAGAUCAUUGUUUUGCUCUCAAGCACCCUCAAAUUCAGCAGAAAUCCAAAUACAUCAAGUACCUGUGCGCUGAGGACUACAGGACGUGUCAGAGAUGGAUAGCUGGAUUAAGAUUAGCCAAGUACAACAAGGUGCUACUGGACAACUUCAACGACACGCAGCGAGAGAUGACAGAGUAUGCUUCGAGUGCGGAGAGUAUGUCGCAAUCAAGCAGUCUGACUGAUACAGCUUCACUAUCAAGCAUGCAGUCUAGUUCUAGCUCACAGAGCUCAGGCAGUCUCCCCGCAACUCAUGGGUCGAGCCCAAGCAAUAGCAUCACCGCCAAUCUCAACGCCCCCCUGGUCUUGCCCCAGAUGACUGCCCAGUAUCGCAAGAGCAGCAUGGGCAAUAUGUUCUCCAACGCAUGGAAACGAGGGCAGGAGGCCGAGACGCAUCACCAGCAGUCAUUGCACAGGGAACGCUACAGCACCCGAUCCUCUUCCCUCCCGUCAGGCAGAAUAUUGGAUGAGGAACCUGCUCUUGAUAACCGGCCCCAACUCGGCAACCAAACGAAAGCCAAUUCUGGCAACACGUUUGACGACCUGGAUGUCCAGAAGGCCUUAAACGACCUGGAGAGCGAGAUCUGUGCUAGCCAACCGUCUAACAAUCCCACCCCACAACCUCCUCCUCCUACAACACAGCAGCAGGCAAGUAGUUCUAGUUCACCUGCAUCCAAAACUAUCACUGACAAUAGCAAUAACAGUAACGCCCUAACCCGGGUACAGGUGGUCGCGUUGCAUAACAACGCAAUCUCGGUGACGGUGGCCGAUUCGGCGGGCGCACGCACCUCCACAGCGUCCGACGAGCCCAUCUGGCAGUGCCAGGCCCCCAUGAGGUCGAGCAUGCGGAGGAGCUCGGACACCCAGAUUGGUUGCAGGGGAACGCAGGGGAUCAUCGUGUCUGGGAGGCAACGGGGCGGAAGCUUGGCCAGUGCAUGCGUCAAGCGGGUCAAGUUUAAAGAAGAGCUUGAGGAGAAGAUACCGGACAAUAGUCCGGGUUUCGAAUCAGAGCAUGACUAUAGUUCCCCGCCACCGUCCCCUCCCUCGCACCCCCCUCCUCUGCUUACUACUAACCCCUCAUCAGCUAAACCCAUUCCUAACCAUUCUGCAUGUUCAUCAUCUCACCUGGAUUGCUUAUCACCUCAGCAGCACGCUACUGCACGCUCCCCCAGUCCUCCCCCACCUUCUUUCUUUACCCAAUGCAUGGCACAAACACCCUCAACCAGUGACUCCCAUACCUCCUAUUCACAGCAGCUAGGAGCUCAAACUCAAUCCAGUGACUACCACCACCCCUACACCCACACCGCCACCUCUACCAGGGCCCAGCAGGAUGAUAUCGUCUAUGGAAGGCCCAUGACCUAUGCCGGGGGACCGGAAAACUACCACACACAGCCGCAGGGUAACCAGCAGGAGAUCGUCGCCAAGCAGCAGAAGCUGAUGGAGCUGCAGCAACAGCAGCAAGAGCUGCAACAGGAGCUGCAGCAUCAGAAACUGCAGCUGCAGAAGCAGAUUCAGCAGCAGCAGCAAGAGCAGCUCAAGCAGCAGCUGCAACAUCAGCAGCAGCUGCAGCAGCAGAGGCAGGAGCAGGAGCGAAGGCAGCAGGAGAUGCAGAGGCAGGCUUCUGAACGAGCCUACCAACAACAGCAGCAGCAACAGGUUCAGAGACAUAUGUCGAUGGAGAGAUCACCACCGCAGCAACCGAUGCAGAGGCAUGUGUCCUUUGAUACAAGUACAUGUAGGUCACCGCCAUCACCGCAACCACAAAUUCAGAGGCAUGUUUCUUUUGAACGGCCUCAGCAACAACACCAGCAGCAGCAACAGGAGCCACAGAUUCAGAGACAGACAUCAGUUGAUCGGGCACAACAGGGACAGAACUUGAGGCAAGCCAAUCCUGUCUUUCUAAAUGAACUCAGUAAUGCGCUUAAACCCAGACAACCUGUUCCAUUGCCUGGCAACAGACACACGAUGGCUACCACCCAACCUUCACAGCAACCCCAACAGCCUAAGUCUCCACCCCGAUCUCCAGCCCACCACAGCCAACACUAUCAACCCCAAUCCAACUCCUCUCCUUCCUCUUCGUCCCCUCGCCAUCAUUACCAGUCCCAGCAGUCCCACCCUCCUAGCAGCCACCAACCUGUCGGUCAGAGUUACUCCCAACCCUCGCCACAACCGCACUCCCAACUUCAGCAGUCUUUCUCUCAACCACUCUCUCCCCAGCAACACUCCCCACAGCAUCAGUCUUACCACCAGCAGUCCCCCUCCCAUGCCCAUGUCAACAUCCGAGACAAGCCCCCUCCAUCGCCCAAACCCACCGUGGCGAACAAGGUGCCUCCCCCAAUGUCUCCGAAGCCCAUGUCGCCAAGACCCUCUGUCGCCCAGAAGCCAGUUGUCCCUCGCCCGAUAGUCUCCCCCAAACCUGGUGCCCAAGUGGACAGGCCUUUCCCUAUGUCGCCCAAGCCCUCUCCGAAGCCUUCGCCGAAACCCAUGCCCAAACCAUCCCACGUAAACAAUGUGCUCCCUCAAGGUAAUGCCUACCCUCCCAAUUCAUACGGUAUGCCCAUGAGCCCGAGCAACUCCUCCAUGAGCUCAACGUCCACCCCCUCCCCGUCCCCCUCUUCCAGUUUUAGAUCGCCCCCGUUCCCCAGCAACAACAAUACCCCACCCCAGAAGGCCUCAAGACCCCCUCCACCUCCAAAGAGAAGUGACACCACGAGGUUAAGCACUGUGGGAUCACCAACUAAAGCCAAGAAGAUACCCCCUACCCCACCCACGAGGACCACUUGAUACUUUCAUCCUAAAACUCCCCCCUCCCAACCCCCUCCCCCCAUUUCCUGCACCCUGACCAUUCCUUGUAACCAAAUCUUCCUGUCUUGUUUUCAUAUUGCUACAGUGUAAUGUUGUUCAGUGAUCCAUU